AUGGAGAACCAUAGUGCUUGCGGUCUUCAGCCGACGUCUAGCCUCAUCGAAGACUUGGAUGCGUCGGAAGGAGUCACCGUUACUCUCACUGUUGUAAAAUUAACGCAUCUUGCAGACUUGGUUUCUUGCCAACUACAUGUGACUAUUGAUUUGGAUGGUUGUGAAUUAGUACAGACCAUCUGUAGCGAUGGUAUCGGUGAUCCAACUUGGGGCGAAGUCUUUCAUCUUACAAUGACAUGCUCUUCUAUCCUUCAGUUUUCUAUCUUCAGCCACUUUUCGAAAGCUUUCUCAAUUCGUGAACAUGGCCCCGUAGGCAAGGUAUAUGCUACAGUUGAAGAGCUCUUAUAUCUUUGCAAAGACAACCAUGAGACAUCACUUCCGAUCCAGGUUGUAAGUGGGAGUGGUAAGCUGUGCAACGGUUACCUAGUAGUAGCCGUGACACAAGCUGCCAGCACUUCCAUCGAUGAAGAAAAUCUUACGCGAUCUGAACUAUCUCAGAACUUUUACGUUUUUCCUUUGGCUUUGUCUCUUCGGGCAGUUAUGGAUCGCUCACAGAUGCUCACAGCCUUAGGAGAAGCUUAUCAAGCUCGUUUUAAAUACCGUAAGGAUGUCUGUGGGAUAGAUUUGACUCUCAAAUGCCACAAGAAAGCACUUGAUAUCCGCCCCCUAGGACAUGCGCGCCGACUCGAGUCGCUUUGUCACCUCGCAACUGCCCAUCUUUUCCGAUUCGAAGAACUCAGUGACGCCGCAGAUUUAAGCGCAACUAUCUGCUACCUCACGGAAGCAUUGGUUUUGCAGUCAGUUGACAGUCCCCACAGACCUAAGUUAUCUAGCGACCUUGGUACGGCAUUCAUGGCUCGUUACCAGCAUAGUCGAGAUACUACGGAUUUAGACAUGGCUAUUCAGUAUCAUCUUGAAGUCCUCGCGAUACGACCGCCGGGCCAUCGUCAACAUUUGAAAUCACUCAUGAAGCUCGAGCAGGCUUACGCAGAUAAACAUGAAGCUAGUGGAAAUUUGGCUGACCUUGAUUUUUCCAUCGAGUACCAUCGUCAAGCGGUGGAACAUGCUUUGGAGCGUGCACAGCGCUUAUCAGAGUCUCAAUAUCGCACUAUUCGUGCGGUCAGGGAUCUUGCUGAUAUCUAUGUGACGCGCUUUGAAAGCACUAGCGACUUGCAUCACUUGAAUAUGGCCACAAAGUAUCGUCAAAAGGCGCUGGACCUCAUGCCCCAAACUCACCUUUUUCGGUAUGCGCUCAUCCGCGACUUCGUGACGACGUGCUGGAUCCGCUUCAAGCAUUGUAAGGAUUCCAGUUCCUUGGAUCUAGCUAUAAACCUUUCCCAUGAAGCGGUGACUAUGUGUGCUCCUGGGCACAUUUAUCAUCUUUGGGCACUUAGAGACCUCGCCGACUCAUAUAUGCUCAAAUAUAAUCAAUAUGGUGGUGCUGGAGAUCUUGAUUCAGCCAUUGAUUAUCGUGUCAAAGUCUUGGAAUUUGUCUCCACGGAGGAACUAUCCUUUUCAGAACCUCGAGAUGAUCAUAGUCGUAUCGGUGGUGAGUUAAGUGCAUCGGAUUUUACCCUCCCACCAAUGGAACUUGAUCGCCACUUUUAUCUUGGGAGUUUGGCGAAUAGUCUUCAAAAGCGUUUCGAGUUAUGCGGAGACCUGUCGGACUUGCAGAUGGCAUUCCAGUAUUUUCAAGAAGCUCUUGGCUUAUGUCCACCAGAGCAUCCCGAUAGGCCUGAUGUACUGAAUGGCAUUGGCACAGCAUUUUGGGCUCGCUAUGAACGCUGGGAUGACAUCAAGGAUAUGGAACAAGCCAUAGCUUAUCAUAGUGAAGCACUCAGCAUCACUUCUCCUGGAGAUCCACAUCAUCGGCACGGAGACUUUUCAGAUCUAGAUAUUUCAAUUGACUAUCGUCGGAAAGCCUUGAAAUUAUGCGCUGUGGCUGAUGACGAGCGCUUCAUUUCUCUCAUUAAUCUCGGUAGUGCGCUAUACCAUCGUUUUCAGUUACGGGGUGAUUCUGAAGAUCUGGAGCAAGCUAUUCAGUGUUAUACCGAAGGCCUUGCGUCUUCCAUGGGACAACUCGAUCGUCAUAGUUUCCUCGUCAACCUUGCCAACUCUUUCCAAUCUCAGUUUGGGUUGACAGGUAAUCCUUCGGAUCUGGAAACGGCGGUGGAUUUUCACAAACGGAGUUUAGAACUUGUUCCGCCGGGGCAUAUCAAUUAUGCUCCGUCACUUAACAAUUAUGCAAACGCUCUCCUAACUCGUUUUGAACAGUAUGGUCGCUCUGGAGAUGGCAUCCAGAGCGCUGUCGGUCGCUCAACAACCUCUCCCUCGGGUUUCAGGCACGGUACCAACGUUUUGGAGAGUCCAAACCUGUUCCACAUAUACGAUGCCCUUAUAUCAGCUCAUCUCACUAGAUAUACGGCUUUUAAACGAAUGGGCCGUCAGACAACAGACCUUGACGAUGCUUUCAAAAAUUAUAAUUAUGCGACAAAUCAUCCCUUUUAUGAUUCCUGGCGUCGACUAGAGCUGUCACUGGGAUGGAUAAUCAACUCGGAGAAGCACAAGCAUACAUCAAGGCUUGAUGCUUAUAAGACAUCUCUUUCAUUGCUCGAUCGACAUACCGCCGUCGACCCCUCAUUGGAAUCUCGCCUUCAUAUCAUCAAAAGCGCUCCAGCAUCCUUGGCAUCAGACGCAGCUGCUUGUGCAAUGGGAGAAAGUAGAAUAGAAUUGGCUGUUGAACUUCUCGAACAAGGACGAGCAGUAGUGUGGGCACAACUUGCUCGGUUUCGUACUUCGCUUCACCGUCUACGAGAAACAAGCGAACAUGGACAGGAGCUUGCAGCGCGAUUUCAGCUCCUCAGCUCACAAAUGGAACACCAAAGAGCACUCCCCGAGAGAGUUAGAAUGAGUUCUCAAAUCUCACUUGAAGAGGAAGCACGGAACUACCGUAGACUAUCCAAAGAGUGGGAUGCGGUGGUACAACAGAUACGGGAAGUCGAUGGAUUCGCGCAUUUUCUGAAGCCUGUCCCAUUUUCUGACCUUCACCCAGUUGCCGAUAACGGACCUGUGGUCAUUGUCAAUAUUAGUCAAUAUCGUUGUGAUGCUAUCAUCAUUCUCAAAGCCUCCCCACCGCGUCUCAUCAACCUCUCACCUCUAACUCUAGGAGAUAUAUCAGAAAUGUCUUCACAAUUCGCGGAUAUUUUGAAGGGUACAUCCCAUGUUGGAGAGGAAAAGAUGAGAGAAAAACUGAUCAUACCAGUUUUGCGUAGGUUGUGGUAUCUUAUCAUACAACCCGUCGUGAAUGAAAUCAAAGACUUGGUCCCUAAAGGCAGCCGUAUCUGGUGGUGUCCGACCUCCAGAUUAACAUUUUUACCUUUGCACGCGGCGGGUGCCUAUCGCAAGGGCGAGCACAACCUUGCCAACCUAUUCAUAUCGUCCUACACUCCGACAUUAUCUGCUCUCCUUCGGUCUAGGGAGGUUCAAAGAAAUGCUGCGACCCUACCUCGUUUUCUAGCUAUAGGACAAGCGAAACCAAGUGAAGCAAGCCAUGAAUCCGAGCUGAAUCCCACCAGUCAUGUGUUUAGCACUUUCGAAGGUGCCAUCAGUGGCUUGCACAAAAAUGCGUGGAUUCAUCUUGCUUGCCAUGGCAAGCAAGACCUUUCCCAGCCAUUUGAUUCGUCGUUUGCUCUGCGUGACAAACCGCUUCGAUUACUUGACAUCGCUCAUGCAAACCUCUCAAACCCGGAAUUCGCUUUUCUAUCAGCUUGUCACACCGCUGCCGGGGAUGCUACGGCUCCCGAUGAAGCCAUACAUCUAGCUGCAGUGAUCCAAUUUUCUGGAUUUCGGGCGUUAUCGGAACGAUGUGGGCUCGAUGGCUCGGUAGAUUACACAGGAGCUGCAAAGGCACUUAACAAAGCCACAAAAAUGGUGGACAAGGACGAAGUUCCAUUGGAUCAGAGAAUUGUGUUCAUUCAUGUCGGCGCCUGA